UUUCUAUUUCAGACUCAUUCCUCCACUCUGUUCUGCAUUCGCGUUCACGAUGUUCCGAUUGAUCAGCCCUUUCAAAUCUAGUAUUCGUGCCUUUUCAAGGCAAUCUUACUCGACUUCUAGUAAGCCAGCGGGCGGUUCCAGCAAGUUGCUGACUGUUGGCCUUCCUCUUGGUGUCGCUGCUGCAGCCGCGUAUAUGUAUUAUGGUGACAAGUUGGGAGGCGCAUCUACUACCGCUCCCACAGUAGAAGAUGAGGCUACAAAGAAGGGCCCUGUUUCCUCUGCUUUGGAUCCUAACGCCUUUGUUGACUUCAAGUUGAAGAGUGUGCAAAAGUUGACUCCAAACACCAGUCGCUUUACAUUUGAGCUGGAGGAGAACCAGAAGUUGGGUUUGGAUGUAGCAUCCUGUGUUGUUACCAAGUUUAUCAAAGAAGAUGGCAAGCCUAUUAUUCGUCCUUACACUCCUACCUCUGAUUCUGAUCGUACUGGUUCAUUCGACUUUGUCAUCAAGCGUUAUGAAGGAGGUCCAAUGUCAUCUCACAUCCAUAGCAUGAAACCCGGUGACACCCUGUCUGUCAAGGGUCCUAUCAGCAAGUAUCCUCUCAAAGCUAACCAGCAUGAGACUGUCACCUUGAUCGCUGGUGGUUCCGGUAUCACACCCAUGAUUCAGAUCAUCGGUGGACUCCUCAAAGAUAAGGCAGAUAAAACUAAGAUUAACCUUAUCUUCGCUAAUGUCACUCCAGAAGACAUUAUUCUCAAGGAUGAGAUUGAUGCCUUUGCUAAGGCCCAUCCAGACCGCUUCAAGGUUACCUACGUCGUUGAUAAACCCGUAGAGGGAUGGACUGGCCCUACUGGAUACGUUACUGCUGAGCUAAUCAAGAAGUACAACCCUGAGAUCGGACAGGGCAACACCAAGGUGUUUGUCUGUGGACCACCACCUAUGAUGAAGUCUGUCAGUGGACCUAAAGGCCCUAACUUCACCCAAGGUGAUGUUGAUGGUGCCUUGAAGGAGCUUGGAUUAACUAAUGACCAUGUCUUCAAGUUCUAGAGAAGGAAAGGGAUAGUCAGUGCAUGAAAAGAGUAAUAAAAAUGUACCAACAGUUGAUACACAUCAUAAAA